AUGUUCGCGGUGGCAUCUUCGUUCUUCGCGCGCACGAACAUAUCUCAGAAUUAUAAUCUCGGCGGCGGACCCUCCAUUAUAAGCCGCACGGGAACACCUACACCAUCUGGUCCUUCAUCCAGCUCGCUCCCCGGACCCGCAACCUCGCCUCCAUUCAAUGUCGGCCCCUGGCGCGUGCAACCGGCGACGCACAAGGUCACGUAUAAGCGUGUUUCUGUCUGGAGCGCGGACAAGCGCAACACGGAGAUGGAGAAGAUAGGGCCUGCAUCGAAAGAGAGAAUAAUCGAGGUGUUGAAGGCCGAGGCGUCCGCGCUGAGCCGGCUACGACACCCCUGUAUCUUGGAAAUGGUGGAGCCUCUGGAAGAGACGCGCAACGAACUGAUAUUCGCCACUGAGCCUGUGCUGUCGUCACUGUACUUGUCCAUUCCAGGCUCCUAUCAGUAUACCCCGCUGGUCGAGUUGGACGAAGUCGAAAUACAAAAGGGGAUCCUGCAGAUCUGCAAGGGGCUUUCGUUCUUGCACACGUCCGCACGUACCAUCCACACCAAUCUGCUCCCUGAAAGCAUAUUGAUAAACGGCGCUGGCGACUGGAAAAUCUCUGGCCUUGGCCUGACUAUCCCCCUCUCGGCGCCAGGUGGUGGGUCCACUCGGUGGGAGUUUCCUACCUUCGACGGGCGUGUCUCCCCGUAUACACAGCGGUCAUUUGAUUACAUGGCUCCUGAGUAUGCCCUAGACGAGGUCCUCGAUCCUGCAUCAGAUAUAUAUUCACUAGGAUGCCUUAUAUAUGCAGUGCAUUGCAAAGGCAAUCCGCCAUUCAGAAACCAUGGUAGUAUUAGUGCUCUGCGUGAUAACGCUGGCAAGCCACUCCCGGGCAUGGACCGUCUCCUUAGUUCUCUUAUUACCCGACAACCGCAAAAUAGGCCGUCGCCGAGUUCACUCCCUUCACAUUCAUUCUUUUCAUCGUUGCCAAUAUCGACGCUGAACUUCCUUGAUCGAUCUAACUUUGCCGCAAAAUCGCGGGAAGAGAAGAUCUCAUUUAUGAAAGGUUUGGUAAGCGUUCUUGGGAAGUUCUCCGAAGGACUUCGCACGCGGAAGGUCUUGCCAUCAUUACUAGAGGAGAUGAAAGACACACAGCUAUUACCGUAUAUUUUACCGAAUAUUUUCGCUAUCUCGCAGAUUCUGUCUUCUAGCCAAUUCGCCACCCUUGUUCUACCAAGCCUGAAACCACUCUUUGCUAUCAAGGAGCCCCCUCAAAAUAUGUUGACGCUUCUAGACAACCUGCAGAUGCUGCAGGAUAAAACUGAGAAGGUGGUAUUCCGCGAACACGUUCUUCCUCUAGUGUACAACGCACUAGAAUCGGAACAUGGCACAGUCCAAGAACGUGCACUCAAGGCAGUACCUGAUCUAUGCGAGACUAUUGACUACGCAGAGGUUCAGGGAGUGCUCUUCCCUCGUGUUGCGCUUGUUUUUACGAAGACUCGAAUAUUGUCGGUCAAAGUAGCCACUUUGGUCACAUUUCUCUCUAUGACAAGUUUGACACAAAAACUGGUUCCCUUGCUCUCUAAGAUUCGGACCAAGGAGCCUGCUGUGACUAUGGCGACACUAGCUGUACAAGAGGCUACGGGUAUGAAGGUUGAUCGAGAAGCCGUUGCGACGCUGGUUUUACCUCAGCUCUGGGCGAUGUCAAUGGGUCCUCUAUUAACGGUCUCACAAUUUAAGCGGUUCAUGGAAGUGAUCCGUAAAUUGGGUGACCGAGUUGAGAAGGAACACGAUCAGUAUCUACGUGACUCUCAAAGAAUUGAGGAUCGAUCUAUAGCGUCGGCCAAUGGUCUCACAGGAGAUUCUAAUGCGGGCACGAUGGAUUUCGAGACACUAGUCAGCAGCAAUAACGGCGGGGCGGUCAUAGCUACCGUGAAGGCAGAUACCGUCCUUGAUCCUUCUAAAAACUAUGAAGAUGAUGUUUGGGGCAGCAUAUUCACCAAUGAAGCCACUUCACCUGCAAUACAGAGUCCUUCCGCAUCUCCUCCGAUCCCUCUACCGCAGCAGCAAGCACAGUCAUUGCUAUCAUCUCCUCGACUAUCCAAUGCGCGCACCACGAAAAGUUCGCUCGGGCGUCCAACACGACUGGGCGCAGUGCCUCUCUCAUCGACGUCCAUCAAUUCUGCUACCUUCGCUCCAUCAUUCGACUCGACUCCUCUCGCAACACAACCACGCUCUUCAACAUUCGGUUCAUCCAUCAUGAUACAACCAAUGCAAUCCUCACCGCAGCCACCUAUGACCUCUAUAAGCCAAACGCAAGUCCCUAACUACAACAUCACUCUGACGCCAACGCCCCCAAUGACCUCAAUGACAACACCUCCGAUAUUUGCUUCGCCGCCCAGCAUGACUAGUACACUGGUGCCGUCGAGACCUGUACAAUCUACAUGGCCAAGUAGUGGCUCAGCGAAACAGCUCUCUAAGGAUGACUGGGGGGACUUCGAUCCACUUGCAUAA